UAGGCCACACAUGCUAACCCCACUUCCGUGGCCCUGUGUUGCAGGGAUCAUGUACCGGAAGUCGUGUGCAUCCUCAGCAGCCUGUCUCAUCGCCUCGGCUGGGUACCAGUCCUUCUGUUCUCCUGGGAAACUGAACUCCGUGUGUAUCAGCUGCUGCAACACUCCUCUUUGCAACGGGCCGAGGCCCAAGAAAAGAGGCAGCUCUGCCUCGGCCAUCAGGCCAGGGCUUCUCACCACAGCCCUGCUCUUCAACUUAGCCCUCUGCUUGGCGCACUGCUGA